AUAGCUUAGCAACUUUGAAGUUCGAAGGGAACGUGAAUAUUGUUCAGCUUUUAUUAUUUUCUCUUUUAUUCGCAGUCCACACAAAAAUGCUAUGGAGGAGACGUCAUCGCCAAUAUUUCACCUUGCCCUUGCCCUGCUGCUAGCAACUAGCAAGUUCCAAAUUCAACCUUUUUCAGAGCAAAAACUAGUCUUAACUGCAAAGUCUCUGCGAGUGUUAACCAAAGGUAAAACAUCACUUUCCUAUCUUUGUGGAAAGCAGACAAAAAUCAACAAACCGUCUUUAGGAUUGUUCUUGUUCAUCAAGUAAUGAUAAGAUCUUCCUCUUUCUCAUAUGCAAUUCUUCCAGCCCUGUUUCAAAGCCACACCAAUAUCUCUGAUAUUUAGAAGAAAAUAAGAAAACGGAUAAAUACAUAUAAGAACAGAAAAAGAAGAAGAGAGAUUCAUUCAUUCAUACAGAUAUAUUUGCAAACCCAGAAGCCACAGAAACACACAGAGCAAGAAAUGAAUGGUUCUUCAAGAAAUAAACAAGCUGAGGCGCCACAACCAGAACAAGAGCACCAAAAGCGUCUUUGUGACUAUUGUGGAAGCUCAAUGGCUCUGCUAUACUGCAGAGCCGACUCAGCCAAGCUCUGCUUCUCGUGCGACCGUGAGGUCCACUCGGCCAAUCAGCUUUUCUCCAAGCACACUCGGUCACUGCUCUGUGACGCCUGUGACGGUUCCCCUGCCUCCAUCUUCUGCACAACUGAGAGCUCUGUUCUUUGCCAGAACUGUGACUGGGAAAGCCACAACCUUUCGUCGUCGUCGGUGCACGACAGGAGGCCUCUGGAAGGGUUCAGUGGGUGCCCUUGUUUGAAUGAGCUGCUUACAGUUGUUGGGUUUGAGAAUAUGGAUAAAAAGGCUCUGCUUUUGAGUGAUGAGAGCGGUGGUGGUGGAGGAGGAGGUGAUGGGUUUUUGGGUUCUGGGGUUGAUGGGUCUUUCGAUUUGGAUGAUGGGUUUUCGGAUUUUUUGGUUUGGGACACUCCCUCUGUUGUUAGUCUUGACGAUUUGAUUGUUAGCAAUCCGGCUUACAAAUUUCAGGCUAUGGGGGUUCCUCCUCUGCCUAAGAAUCGCAAUGCUGCUUGUGGUCGACACAAGGAAGAAAUAUUUCGUCAGCUUCGUGUGCUUGUCAAGUCAGAACCCAACUUGUUUAGCGAAAAUGUGGAUGUUAAACCCCUUGAGUCCCUAGCUUCUGAACAAAACAUGCAACGAGGAAGUUUGUUUACAGGUUUUGAGCAUGAUGCAGAGCCAACUGUAUUUCCUGCUUAUGAGGCACAUGAUUUUCAGUGUAACGAUUGUGGCACAGCCGAAAAGCGAGAAUCUUCUCCUAAAACAUUUAUAAGGAGCUACCUUCACGAAUGUUGUGUAGUUCCUGACAAACAUUCAUAUAAUGAUGGCAGUGCAAGUCAUGCUAAUGAUGGUCAUGGUCAUGGAGGGCAAACGAAUUCUGAAGCCUCCUCAGCUUUUCCCAAAGUUGCUGCACAUGAGUUAAGUAGCCAAAACAGAGAGACCGCUCUCUCACGGUACAAGGCGAAGAAGAAAACAAGAAGGUAUGAGAAGCACAUCAGGUACGAAUCGCGGAAGGUUCGGGCAGAAAGUAGGACGAGAAUUAAAGGACGUUUUGCGAAGAUGGAUCACUGAGGAGAAUGGUAAGGAAAUAUGACAGUUACAGCAAACUUUGAUGUCCUCCUAUUCACACAUCUUCUUCUUCCGGGUAGAAGUGAAAGGAAGCAAGGGCUAUGAACACACUUUCCUGUUCUUAUAUAUUUUCCUUGGCAUCCGCUUUUAAUUUUGUAUAAUGGCAUAAGUAUUCAACAGCUUUGACAAUCAGAUGAGGAAUAGCUCAAGACAGAAUUUGCGACAUUUUGCUUUGCUAGGAGCCAUUGAAACAUCGGUAUGCGGUCCUGAGAAAAUAUGACAUUUUUGCUUUGCUAGGGAAUUAUUUAUUAUUAAUCUUGUAUUCAGAAGCUUUUGAAA